UCGGUAGCCCAAGCCACCCUCAGUACCAGUACCUAGUAGAGUGGAGUGGUAGAGACAUACCUGCAGAGAGAGAGACAGCAGAGUAGUAGAGUAUCUAGUAGAGAUUAGUAGGGUAUUGCUUUACUUUACUCUCUUUGCUACGAGUACUAUUACUCCGGAGUCUACUCUUAGUUACUCUACCUAGUAGUUUUAGUUACUCUCUUCUGUUGUACUGGAGACUGGAGAUUGGUACUCUACUCACUCUACUCACUCCCCCAAGUAAUUGCUACAGUGCUACUGCUACUACUGCUGGUAGUACGAGUAGUUAUUCAUAUUACCUGUCCGCCAUUAUGGACCCUCAUCAGCCAUCUUCCGCCAUUCAGCACAUCGCUACCGCCGUACACGAAGAACAACACCGCCCGGCAUCGAAGCUUCGAAAGAAGCCCAAACAACCUCCACCAGUCGCAUUUCACAACAAGACGCACCAAACGACCCUGCGCCGGGCUCCCUCCGCCCCGUCAUAUCCUUCCUUCUCUUCUGCUCAUUCUUCUGCUGCUGCCACCGCUGCUGCAUCUCUAUUAUCACCGUCGGCAGUGGGUUCAGGAUCAGGAUUGGGAUCGGGUUCAGGCGCGAAUCGCUCUCCAGACUUGCUUGGCGGCUCCUCAUCACCGUCGUCGUCUUCCUCUUACUCCUACUUCACCGGCCCCGUCAAACCACCUACCCGUUCACCCUCCCUUCACCACCAACCCUCUCGUUCACCCGUUCACGAUGCAAAACGGACAAUAGGCGGCGGCUUCUCUGUUGUCUCCUCUGGCUUCACAAAACCUUUCUCUGCCGCCGGCUUCUCCUCCACCUCCACCUCCUCCACCUCUGCCAACAACAACAACAACAACUACUCCACCACAUCAUCCUCCUCCGCCAAUACCAGCAGCACAACCAUCAACGUCAAUAACGAUACCCUCUCUCUUAAGCGACCCACCCCCGAGCUCAUCGGCCAGCCCUUCGAUUCGGCCGCCAUCAUCAACUCUGCCAACGCAACCACGACCCCGUCUCCCACCGUACCCACUCCCACCUCCACCACCUCUCACCACCCGCCACGUCCACCCAUCAUACAACACUCCCUCACCUCCGACCCUCCCAAGAAGUUCAAGAAAUCUCCCUCCCUCCGCCAGUCGGCCAGCUUCACGGCUCUCGCGCGUACCAUGGACACAAUCACCCCACCUCGCUCGACCGACAGCGGCAGUGGCAGUGGCACAAAGAGCCCUCGACAGCGAUACAGCGAUGAGGUCAAGAACAGAAAGUCCGAUGGCGGAAAGAAGAAGGGCACAUUCUCUAGCUUCGUGAACAGCAUGCUGGGUUCGCCGCGAAGGCCCACAAUCUCUACGCCCACGAACCCUAUGCACGUCACCCACGUCAGCAUCGACAACGAGACUGGUGAAUACACGGGCCUUCCGAAGGAAUGGCAGCGCAUGUUACAACAGAAUGGUAUCUCGGAGCAGGAACAGAAGCAGCACCCCCAGGCUGUCAUGGAUGUCGUCAACUUCUACAAAGACAAUGCAGAGAAGAGCGGCGAGGACGCGAUAUGGGACAAGAUGGGCCCAGUGCACUCUCAAAGCUACACAUAUCAAACGAGCCUCGGCAGCCAACAACCACCACAAGCCCAGCAGCAGCAGCAACAGCAGCAAACGCAACAAUACGGCCAACCCCUCCUCAGCCCGCCCCAGAGCCCGCGCUUCCCCCGCAACGACCUGGAUAGCUUCGAGAACCCCCGCGCCCCUCCCCCGAUUCCUCGCAGUCACACUUCGCCGGGCGUCACGUCUCCGGCUUCACCUCCGAUCAAUGGUGCGCUCGUACCGAACAGGCCAGCUCCACGGCCACCGCCUUCAGGAAGCGCUACAAAUCUUGUACCUGCUCGGGCAGCCCCUUCUGCCCCCGGCACGGUGACCCAGCAGCCAGUCUCGCAAUCGCCCUUGGUGCAGAGCCCCCAGAACGAGUUCCCACACGUUGCAUAUCCCACCUCGACGAUCACAGAACAUCCUCAGCCGCAGGGUCCCUCUUCCGCUCCUCGAAGCAGAGCCAACACCACCGGAGGCACUCCGCCCCGGUUCGACUCUCCAUCAAAUGCCACUCCCAUGUCGCCCGCGCAGCAGUACCAGCAGCAGCAGGCCCAGGCAAUGAUGGCCGCCCAGCACUCGAUGAACGCGAAGCCAGCUCAGCAACCCCCUCACCUCGGACGAAGCGUGAGCCAACGGGCUCCUCAACCGCACCAGCUCGCACCAGCCGCACCGGCACCAUCGCAGCCCUCGCCCCAGCAGCAAUUUGCUCAACAGAUCGACCCACAGAACAUCCCGCUUCCCUCGCAGCAGGCGCGCGUGGGCCCAGCACCCCGACCGCGCCAGCGACCCCGGCAGAGCCAAGGCCCGGACAUCGUGGCCAAGCUCAAUGCCAUAUGCACCAACGCAGACCCGACGCAGAUGUACCGCAAUCUCAAUAAGAUUGGCCAGGGUGCGUCUGGCGGCGUCUUCACGGCCUACGAAGUCUCGACAAACAAAUGCGUCGCCAUCAAGCAAAUGAACCUGGAGCAGCAACCCAAGAAGGAUCUAAUCAUUAAUGAAAUUUUGGUCAUGAAGGACAGCAAGCACAAGAACAUUGUCAAUUUCAUGGACAGUUUCUUGGUCCGGGGCGAUCUAUGGGUCGUCAUGGAGUACAUGGAGGGUGGCAGUUUGACAGACGUGGUCACGUUCAACAUCAUGUCAGAAGGGCAGAUCGCGGCUGUGUGUCGUGAAACCCUGAACGGUCUGCAGCAUCUGCACUCGAAGGGAGUCAUCCAUCGAGACAUCAAAUCGGACAAUAUUCUGCUUUCGCUCGAAGGCAACAUCAAACUGACCGACUUUGGUUUCUGCGCACAAAUUAAUGAAAGUCACAACAAGCGAACGACCAUGGUCGGUACGCCAUACUGGAUGGCCCCCGAGGUGGUCACGCGAAAGGAAUAUGGCCGAAAGGUCGACAUCUGGUCGCUGGGCAUCAUGGCCAUCGAGAUGAUCGAAGGCGAGCCACCAUACCUCAACGAAAGCCCUCUCCGCGCACUCUGGCUCAUUGCGACGAACGGAACACCAACGAUCAAGGAUGAGCACCAACUAUCGCCUGUCUUCCGCGACUUCCUACACUUCUCACUGAAGGUGGAUCCGGACAAGCGGGCUAGCGCUCAUGAUCUCCUGGUGCAUCCAUUCAUCCAAACUGCUGAACCGCUGAACACGCUGGCCCCGCUAGUGUUGUCCGCGCGGAAAGCAAGAGCCGAGGAAAGGCGGAAGAAGGGUGGUAUGUGAAGAAUUUCCUAGUCCAUUUUCUUUU